CCGGAGUUUCUGUAAACAAUCCAUCUAAUUCUGAAACGAAGCCCUCCCAAAAUGAUGCUCGGAGAGCCGCACCGACCCAAUCCAACGGUCCACGUUCCUCCAUGGCCACUCCAAGACGACCCAACGGCAGAUAUGUAUGCACCUUACUCCUUAAGUCCACUUUCCGUGAACUCCGACGGCAAUGCUAACAGCAGCGGCGGAGACUAUUCUUCAUACUAUCUUCAAGAAGCCCUGACGGCACUCCAACGUUACUUGCCUUCCAACGGAACAGACAUGGACUCCGACUUUGACGUCGUCGGCCGCGAAUCUGACGCUCCGGUUGAUGCGUACUCCUGCGACCAUUUCCGGAUGUUCGAGUUUAAGGUGAGGCGGUGUGCCCGUGGCAGGUCGCAUGACUGGACCGAGUGUCCUUACGCCCAUCCCGGCGAGAAGGCUCGCCGGAGGGACCCUAGGAAGUAUCACUAUUCGGGCACGGCAUGUCCCGAUUUCCGCAAGGGAAACUGUAAGAAAGGUGACGCGUGCGAGUUUGCGCACGGUGUGUUCGAGUGUUGGCUUCACCCGGCUCGCUAUCGUACCCAGCCAUGCAAGGACGGGACUAGUUGUCGAAGGAGGGUCUGUUUCUUCGCUCACACGCCGGAGCAACUCAGGGUUUUGCCUCAGCAGAGUCCCAGGAGUGUAAGCAACUCUGUUAACUCGGUCGAGUCGUAUGAUGGUUCGCCUCUGAGGCACGCGAUUGAGGCUUCCUGUGCUAAAUCGCUGUCGUUUUUGUCCUCCCCGUCGUCCAUUUCUCCGCCUGGGACUCCUCCGGCGGACUCUCCGCCUUUGUCACCGAUGACCCAGUCGUUGAGCCGGUCCCUUGGCUCGAGCUCCAUCAAUGAAAUGGCGGCGUCCCUGCGUAACUUGCAGCUCGGAAAGGUUAAGUCUUUGCCUUCUUCUAGAAACGUUCCAAUGGGUUCUCCCGUGUUUGGGUCUCCCAGAGGAUCUAUGCUCCGACCCGGAUUCUGUAGCGUGCCCACAACCCCGACCCAGGCACCCACCCGACCUGGAAUCGGGUACCUUGAUUGCUGGGAUCAGUGUUGCGCGGAGGAGCCUCCCAUGGAGAGGGUAGAGUCCGGGAGGGAUCUACGGGCCAAGAUGUUUGAGAAGCUGAGCAAGGAAAACUCACUGGGUCGGGUCGAAACGAGUCCGUCAAGUGGUGGUCCGGAUGUAGGAUGGGUUUCGGAGCUCGUGAAGUGAAGUCAAAAUUGGGUAACAUGGUUCUAAUGAUUUGUUUUGCUAAGAUCUUUGAUUCUAUUUUGGGGUUCAUUCUGGUGGCUUUCAUUUUGUUUCCUCUCUUUCUCUCUCUCGCUGCAUGGAAUCUGAACCAGGGGAGAGGGAGAAAGAGACUAUAAUAUAAAUUUGGAAGCUAGAAGAAGUUGAAGAUUCUGUGUAAAUAUUUAUUUUUAAAAAAAAAUUAUCAGAUGGUAUUGGGGUGAAGAGUAGAAUCUCUUUUUUGGGGCAACUUUCUGAGAACAUCAGAAGAAGAAACUAUAGAUUGUUAAGCAAUCAAGCAAAAGCAUGGAUGGAAGAAACAUUGUGUAACUCUUUUGUCGUUUUUUUUGGGUAUGUAUAGGGUAGCAGUGGAUAUGAUCAAUCACUGCAUCUUUUGUUGAUUAUAUUUAUAUAGCUGUGUUUAUUUAUUUGCCAUCCCACUUACUGAUCUUGAUCAUUGUAAAAAAUUCUGGGCAUGUAUGCUCUUUAUCCCACUGCAAUUAUUAUCAUCAUCAUCAU